GCUCCUGCUAGCAGAAUGAGGCAGGGCGAAGUCCCUUCACAUCUGUCACCUGGGAGCAGCCUCCUGGGCUGUGCUGUCGUCACCAGGCUGCACCUACCUCCCAUGCUGCACCUGGCCCCCACGCUGAUCCUCUGUUCUCUUCCCUUCAGGAACAUUGUCCCUUGGCUUAAGAAGUAUGGGACCAACCCCAGCAAUGGCGAGAAGCUGGAUGGGCGGUCUCUGAUCAAGCUUAACUUUGCAAAGAACAGUGAAGACAAGUACCACUGCCCGGUGCUCUUCACCGUGUUCACCAACAACACCCACAUCGUAGCCAUCAGGACCACCGGGAAUGUCUAUGCCUACGAGGCAGUGGAGCAGCUAAAUAUCAAGGCCAAGAACUUUCGAGAUCUGCUGACCGACGAGCCCUUCUCCAGGCAGGACAUCAUCACCCUCCAGGACCCCACCAAUUUGGACAAAUUCAAUGUCUCCAACUUCUUUCAUGUUAAGAAUAACCUGAAAAUGACAGACCCAGAUGAAGAAAAGGCCAAACAGGACCCAUCGUAUUAUUUGAAAAAUACAAAUGCCGAGACCCGAGAGACGCUGCAGGAGCUCUACAAGGAGUUCAAAGGGGACGAGGUCCUGGCAGCUACCAUGAAAGCCCCAGAGAAGAAGAAGGUGGACAAGCUGAAUGCUGCCCACUACUCCACCGGGAAGGUGAGCGCCUCCUUCACCUCCACCGCCAUGGUUCCAGAGACCACGCACGAAGCAGCCGCCAUUGAUGAGGACGUGCUGCGCUACCAGUUUGUGAAGAAGAAGGGCUACGUGCGGCUGCAUACCAGCAGGGGCGACCUCAAUCUGGAGCUGCACUGCGACAUGACCCCAAAAACCUGCGAAAACUUCAUCAAGCUAUGCAAGAAGCAGUAUUACGAUGGCACCAUCUUCCACAGGUCCAUCAGGAACUUUGUGAUCCAGGGGGGUGAUCCCACUGGCACAGGCACAGGUGGGGAGUCAUACUGGGGAAAACCCUUCAAAGAUGAGUUCCGGCCCAACCUCUCGCACACGGGCCGAGGCAUCCUCAGCAUGGCCAACUCGGGGCCCAACACCAACAAGUCUCAGUUCUUUAUCACCUUUCGCUCCUGCGCGUACCUUGACAAGAAGCACACCAUCUUUGGGCGGGUUGUUGGAGGCUUUGACACACUGACAGCCAUGGAGAAUGUGGAGAGUGACCCCAAAACUGAUCGCCCUAAGGAGGAGAUCCGCAUUGACUCCACCACGGUGUUUGUGGACCCCUAUGAGGAGGCCGAUGCUCAGAUUGCUGAGGAGCGGAAGAAGACGCAGCUCGAGGAGGCGGCCCCAGAGAGCACAGUGAAGAAAAGCCAGCCCAAGCCAGGGAGCCAGGGCCCCCCGACAUACCGCCAAGGGGUGGGCAAGUACAUCAGCCCAGCAGCCACGAAACGGGUAGCAGAAGAAGAACCAUCAACCAGUACAGCUGUCCCCGUGGCCAAGAAAAAGCCCAGCCGAGGUUUUGGGGAUUUCAGCUCAUGGUAGCAGCGGGCCUGCUGCUCUGGACCCUGCCUGUGCCAGCCUAGCUUCCGUUCUGCUGACCUUGACACCGCUACCUCAGCUUUCCUGAAGUGCCUCUGCAGAAGCGUGGGGACAGCUACUUCCUCCUGGGACCCCCAUCUCCUCCAGCCCUGGGGCUCUGAAAGGGUCACAGUCCACCAUUCACAUCCUCUCUCAAUGCCUAUGGUCCUCGGGUUGACACAGGCCCCCGCCCCCCCCCCCCCCCCCCCCCAGUUCUAACUCGGCUCGAUUCUUCUUUUCCUCCUCACUCCAAACCUCAGUUCCAUCAGUAAGCCUCGACAGCUUAUCAUUCCAGAACGUCCAUGGCUCUUUUCCUCUCUGAUGCUGAGCUUCAGGCCCAAGCCCUUUGUCUUUCACCUGCCUCUGUCCGUGUCCCUCAUGCAUGUCCACACAGAUGCCAUGUCACGUUCCCAAAGCUCGCCAGCCGUUGUCAUCUUGCUUCAGGCCGGUCACUGGCUUUUCACUGCUGAGAACAAGGUCUGUGCCCUGCCUACAGCUUGUCUCUCUGCAGUCUCCCUUCCCAUAACCGUCAGCCAGGGACCUGAGCUGCACAGAGUGACGGCCUAGCCCCUCUGCACCUUUAGCCAGGCCCUGGCCCCUCACUUCUUCACGACCCCCUCCCAGCUACACACAUCUGAGAACUCACUUGUGAAAGGCUUACCUGCUGUUGGCAGCAACUCUCUCCAAAAUCCUGCCUCACAGUAAGAGAAGGCUAGGCAGAGUGCAGGGUGAAGGCCCUGGGGAUGGGGUAUAGUAUGCCGAGGGCUUCUGGACUCCUUGGGGGAAGGGGCCUCACCCUUCAGCAGUUCAGAAGCAGGAGAUUAGUGCAGCUUAGCCGCAGCCCUCUAACUGCAGGGUAGACUUUUCUUGGGCCACGCUGACAGGCCCCAAACAGGUAGGGAACCUGGUGACCAGUGCUACAGGGGCUGCUUCUGCGAUGACGGCCGUGUAUGACAGCACAGGACCAAAGCCGCCUAUGGAGAGGGACCCCAGACCCCUUUGUUCCUGGUGUGGGACACCAGGGCUUCAUCCCUCAUGAUCAGAGUGCCUAAGACAGGUGUGCUACUGAAUAGGAGACAUUGGACAUGGAAGCUUUAUUUGUAAACCUCUUACAGACACAGGACCAAGCGCCAGACACAGGGAUGCCGAGGGAAGCUUGUACACUUGAGCUUGGCAGUCCUGCUCCAGGGACAAACCUUUGGGCCGGCCCAGGCUGCAGCCCCACGGAGCCGCCCCACAGCAGGAGGACAGGCUAGCCCAGCGCCUUUGACAAAUGAGGGUUUACAUUUCUGUAGGUCAUUUUGGAGCUUAAAUUGUAGUUUUCCAGAUAUUAAAACCACUUGGAUUUUGUAAGUACCUGGUGAGGUCAUCAAGUAAAUUAAAUGACUUGAAAAAUUCCCAUUUCUGAUCCUUCCUAAUAUCUGACAGAUGCCAUCAAGAAUAAGCUCUAAGGUAUAAAAAUACUAUAUAUAUGUGUAUAUAUAAAACAGCAACAAAACUAAACCACAUUUCUAAAGCAAAUGUACUGUGCCAGAGGACUCAAUGUAGUUUAAGUUAAAUGCAUUUAUAAUCCUGGCAUCACCUCCCACUCCUCUCAAGGAAAAAAUAUUUUAAAUAAUUUAAAUAAAAGUCAGGGAUGAUAUUUACUGUUUAGGAAUUUAAGAAGGUGGAACAUUCCAGCACUUUACCAGCACAUCAUGGUCUUGUGGACAUCCUUCCCUGAAGCCAGCUCACAGUUCAUUUGGUUUCAAAAGGAGCUUGGAUUUUGCAAAAGACCAACAAAAAAGUGGUAAGAGUGUUGGCAUCAAUUACAAAAAAUACAAGUAAGUCAUAGGACCACUAGGAAAGGGUUUCAAUGCCAUCACAAAAGACGAUACAAAAACCAAAGUGCUCAAAUCGAAGGAGCAGUAUACUUGCCCAGAACAUAUAAAAGCUUUAAAUAUGUUUAGUAUAUACAAAGAUUGGUCAGAAGAAUUUUAGAAGAUUCUUCAGUUUAAGUGAAGCUCUUACGGAGAAGCGCUCAGGAGCAGCUGCCCUCGGCCCCUGCAGUUGUCACACGGCCCCAUUUCCCUGGUCCUCGCCUCCAGAUACAGUACUGAGGUUUGCAGAGGAACCAAGACGAGAAGGGAAAUGUCAGUUCAGGCCGUUUUCAAUGCUUGGUACUCCUCAAGGAAGGUGUCUUUCAGUCCCUUCCACGUUUUCACUAAGGAUGAGCUGCAGAUGUUUACUGUUUCAAAUGCCAGUGCGCGAGUGAAGCAUCCUCAGAUUUUGGUCCAUGGCAGCGAGAGCACCGUGAAUAACUGCCACAAGAGUGACCCUGCCCCGGAGGCUCGAAGGCUGCAUAGCCGAACACUAACUUGGAUACAUGGGGAUGUGCCAGGACGGCCUAGAUCUGUGGGGACACCAGCUCAGGGAAGCAGCAGCCAGGUGGAGCACCUGCCAAGUGCAGAGGCUUCCACAGCUGUACAAAGGUCUUCCCUUCAUAGUCGAAGGCAUAUGUCAGGGGCUCCUCCAUGCGCUCACUAGCCCUGACGUCCGCGUGCUCAGGGCUGCAAUGUUUCCCACAUUCCAAGGCUUCGACUCACGCAGAGAUGGGGCCGAAAGGGACUAGGUGAGUAGCUGAACUAGAACCGGGCAGGAGAGACCAGUGCCUGCACAGGCAAGGGGCUCUAGGCUCAGGGGAGGCUGGAGUCAGGGAAGGGGCCUCCCUUCUCUCACUGUCCCCUGCCAGAUACACUUGUUGCCACUGGACUAACCUUGUCUAAAAGGCAGUUUCAGAGCCAUCCCACAGGCUGAGAAGCAUCUGGGCACACUGCUCUCCUCUCGGCCUGCCUCCCCCAGGCCCUUUUCCUGUCCCUUGGUGCUGGGGUCCUGUGAGUCUCAUGCCAUGGUGACCACACCGAAGGUCUUUCCAAAUGCCUGGCCCACCAGCUGGCAUCGAGUUAGAACAGUGAAAACCAAAACUUAUUUGGGAAUGUUUUUUGGCCUCCAUUCUCUGCAAAUUGGCCAAAAUCCCUGCAUAGUGCCCACUCCCUGCAGAAACACGGGUGGAUCAGAACUUAAAAUACAUGGCAGAAACGCAGGACUUAGGGGACUGUCCAGGCCCGUUUGUGUCAGCCCUGGGGACAGAACCAGGCAGGGCAUGGGGACCCAUCAAGCAAACCAAACAUCUCACUUGUGAAACUUAAACCUGCCUUGCAACUUUAACCUUUUUUGAAAAUAUUAAAACAAUCUAGCAAAUCUCAAGUUUGGAAGUUCAUCCUAUUAGUUUUGGCCUCUUUCAAACGCAAAAAUAAUUAUUUUUCUUCAAGUACAUCAGAGUAGAAAAGGAAAUCCGAUUUACUCAGUCCAGUGUGUUAAACUAUUACUCACUCCGUGGACCAGCCACUCAGCGACUGAUAGACACAUGCACCUGCAGGGCCCUGGGACAGUCUUUGCUAACAACUGGUUCCCUUGCUUUCUACAUAAGGAAGGUAUUGGCCUAAGUAAACAAGAUGUUCCAUUAGACACAUUCCUCUAUCUAUAGCUUAUCUAAAAUAUUAUCACUGGUGUCCUGUUUUUGACUGAACAAGGCUACAAAAACACCCUUUGUAUACAGAUUUGUUGACUGCUUCUGGAAGAUUCUGAAAUGAGCACUAUGACAAAAGCUCAUUUGCAAGAGGAAUAACCAAUUUGUAAUUUUGCAAAUGAGGAAAACAGUGGGCUACAACACCUCCACUCUAAGUGACAAGGGUGGCCCCGCUCUCUAGAGAGACCUUGUCCCUAUAGUCUGGAGAGAUUGGUCUGGUUUCUAUUGAACAUGAAAGAGCACAGCCAAACUCUAUCUUAAAGGCAUAGGUUAAAAAAGGUAUUCACUAGAUGGAUAAGUCAUCAGCUGGUUACUUCUUUCUCUAGAACUUGAGAUGUUAGGAAAAGGUCAUUGAAAUGUUUCAGAAAAGAUCACAUGUGUGAAGAGGACAUAGACCGGAUGGAACCUUACCCAUGGGAAUGGUCAGGAGAGGUGGCUUGCGAGGUUCAAGUUCAAGAAGUAUUAUCAUCCAGGAUGCUCCUGUUUCCAUUCCAUUACAGUCUCUUUCACAAAAUAGUAUU